AUGAGAAAAGACCUGAUCAAGCGUAAAGUUCGAUUUAACAAGGAUUUCAGGUGGCCCUCUUUGAUGCCAGAUGAUCUUAGAGGAAGUGCUUUCUAUUAUAUCACUAAAGAUAUGCCUGACUUUGAUGCUGAGGUUAGGUUUAACACCAUAUUCUUCUAUGACGUAUUUGACAGAGGUGAAUUUAUUAGACAUGAAAACGA